UUUCUCGAUCAAAUAUCGCGUGCGAGUGUCUCCUGCCCGAGCGCCCUGCUACCGUCGUUGCUUGCGGUGUAGCACAAGCAUCAACCACUGGACAGUGUAAUGCUCACUUGACGCGGAGACUGCGCCAACCCACGUUUUGUUCAUUCGGCGUUUAAAAAUACUGCGGGCGGGCGCACUCAAAUCCGUAACAUCAAAAUCGAUACUUACUCGUGCACUGAAACAAAUACUUUGUACAUGUUUGUUCCGCGAUCCUUCAAAAUGCAUGUGCAGUGAAUCCGGGAGUCUCCGGUAAAGCUUCAAGAUUUCAGGAGUAAGAAGUAUAAAUGGAGCCGUCGCCAAAGUUUGUGGAAAUACGAGUAGCGGAUUUUCAACCAGCCGAACGAUGGAGAAUCAUGAAAAACAUCCUGAUGAUUGGCUUCGCCUUCAUGCUCCAGUUUACAGCCUUCAUGGGAGCGAGCAAUCUUCAGAGUUCCGUCAAUGCUGACCAAUCCCUGGGCACAUUUACUCUGGCUGCUAUUUACGGAAGCUUGAUUUUCAGCAAUAUUUUUCUACCUGUCUUGAUUAUAAGCUGGCUGGGAUGCAAGUGGACGAUAGCCGUGGCGUUCGUCGCGUACAUGCCCUUCAUCGCGGCGCAGUUCUGGCCGCGCUUCUACACGAUGAUACCCGCUGGGCUGGCGGUUGGACUUGGGGGCGGGCCACUCUGGUGCGCCCAGUGCACCUACUUCACCGUCGCGUCCGAGGCCUACGCGAGCAUAUCCGAGCUCAGCGCUGACGUCCUGGUCACGAGGUUCUUCGGGCUCUUUUUCAUGUUCUACCAGAUGGCCCAGGUCUGGGGCAACCUCAUCUCCUCUGCAGUUAUGUCGUACGGCCUGGAGCCAAAGGAAGCAACGGUGAACGCAACGGCCGAAAACAUCAACGGGAGCUUGGCGUUGGUGGCCGAGCUGUGUGGAGCUAACUUUUAUGGGGUGGCCUCGGCUUCGGAGGAAAAUCCAAACCUCGAGCCACCGCCACCGGAGAGGAUCCAACUGAUCGCUGGGAUCUACCUCUGCUGCAUGCUCCUGGCCUCGCUCAUCGUCGCCCUCGGCGUUGACUCUCUUGCGAGGUACGACAGGGGCCGCAAGGGCUCGGCCAGCGGCAAGUCUGGAUUGAAGCUACUCGCCGUGACCCUCGAAUUGCUCGGGGAAAGAAGCCAACAGCUCAUUCUGCCGAUCACUAUAUUCAUCGGGGCGGAGCAGGCUUUUCUCUUUGCCGAUUACAACGCCGCCUUCGUCUCGUGCGCUUGGGGCAUAAGCAAAAUCGGCUACGUGAUGAUAUGCUUCGGCGUCGUGAACGCCAUAGCGGCUCCGGCGAUCGGCUCGAUAGUCAAGGUAACGGGACGCAUGCCGGUCAUGCUGUUCGCCUUCUGCUUGCACCUGGGAAUCCUCGUUGCGCUGAUACUCUGGAGGCCCCAAGCCCAGCAGGGCUGGAUUUUUUUCCUGGUCUCGGGACUCUGGGGAGUCUGCGACGCCGUCUGGCUCGUGCAGGUCAACGCGCUAAGCGGAAUAUUGUUUCCCGGAAAGGAAGAGUCUGGCUAUUCCAACUUCAAGCUGUGGGAGGCUACCGGUUCCGUGAUCACUUACGCUUACAGUCCAUAUUUGCGCACCAGCGUCAAAUUGUACAUUUUAAUGGUCGUUUUGAUCGUAGGCGUGACUUGUUACUUGAUAAUCGAGUGCACGGGUCGAGUGAAAAAAGUUACGAGCCGCGACAAAGCGGACUUUGCGUUAGUCGCAACUGCCGAAAAAUACUGAUUAAAUGACUUAUUGUGUUUUUAUACGGUGGCAUUUUCGAAAACCGAGUAUUUUUUUAUACGCGCGACGCCAAUAUUUUUAUAAAAAAAUUUUCAUCGAUCUCAGGAGACAUAAUAUAAAUUAAUUUUAUGAUUUAUAAAUGAAAGGUGGCAAGGGAUACGUUUAAUGGAAGGAGAAGUUGAUGUAUACUUGACGACUGAAUAAAGACAAUGGAGUUGAUAAAUAAAUAAAUAAAUAAAUAAAUGCUCAUCUCUGCUUCGUA